AUGUGUCUAACUCCUCGUCUCCCCGUCGAGAUAUUGAACGACAUCUUCACACGCGUGAACGACACGUCUACCAUUCUUUCCGUACUUCAGUCCUCUCGCGCUUUCCGUGUCAUUGCGGAACAGAUACUAUACAAAGAGGUCGUUCUCGAGCUUGUCCCAGACGAGGACUCGACGUUCUACCAGUUCUCCCAACAUAUCUGUGAACGCCGUGCAAGAUUCGUGAAGCACCUUACCAUCGACGUAGUCCAUCAUAAAUAUUAUGACCCUCCCAAGAUGGACCACUACGACGAUAUCGCGUCCCUCAUCCUCAAGCUAAACCCCAGAUUGUCCUCCUUUCGCUUAGUCGAUCCACUGUUUACGAAGAUGCCGCGUCUCCUUGAUAUCGACGCGCCUGUCUUACCUUUGAACCUGAAGAAGCUUUGUCUUUCCACUUCUCCGCUGGACAUCGAGGAAUUUGCGGCCUUCUUGUCGCAACGCGCCGACUCUCUCGAACACCUCGAGAUCUCGCCCUGGAACGACUACAGCCCCACUCCACUUCACUUCAACCUGGCAAAGGGCGCACUGCCUUCCCUGCGCAUCCUCAGCGCGCGUUCGCUCGAUCUGAUCUUCCAAAAUAUUGAGGGAGCGCGUAACCUCACGCACCUUAAGCUGGCGCCUAGUCUGGGUGAUGACACCGACGUUCUCCUCGCUCGGUUCUUCCAUUACGCGAAACAUCUCGACAAUGUCCAGACAUUCUCCUGUUCGUUCUUCCAUGCGGGGGUGUUCAAGUUAGCGGGGAUGAUGCCCAAGCUCGAACGUCUAGACAUCAACUUGCUCCUCAACCUGGAUAUUGACUGCCUCACGGAUGAGAACCCGGGGAUGUACCACGAAGUCGCGGAGGAUGCAAAGCUGCCGACGCUGAAGAUGCUGCGGGUAACAUCAGGAGCGAAGGCGCACUCAGAUGCCUUCGUUCCUUGGGUGUUCAUGCGCUUUCCCGGCCUCCGCUCCCUCGAGGUACCGUGUAUCUCUGCUGACCACGAUGGCGAUGUGGCCGUGGAUGCGUUAUACCGGUUUAGAAGUGCGACGGACAUGCCGAGUAUCGUUCGUUGGGAAUGUAGGCAGCACGAUGAAUGGUUCCAACACUGGGAUGCAGGCGUAAAUGUUCUCGUGGAGACUGCUUCAGAGGAAGAAUAUAUUGGGCGAAGCAGGCCGUAUUUUUGA